AUGAAUUGGCUUUUACUCGCCCUGGCCCUCGUGGCACCGUCCCAGGCUGGACUUCGGUUUGGAUGCUCGACUAUCAGUAUUGAGCGACUCGAUCCUCUCGUUGAACCGGGAAGCAUCCCUUCAGCGCAUGUCCAUCAAAUCGUUGGUGGCAAUGCCUUUGCUCCAACAAUGAGCUCGGGUGCGAAGAACAAUAUCUCUGAGACAGCUACUUGCACUUCAUGCUUCUUCUCCGAGGAUUUCUCAAACUACUGGACGGCAGUCAUGUACUUUAAGGCUCGCAAUGGCACCUAUAAGCGUGUCCCAAUCUUUGCCAAUGCUCAGCUGGAGGGGUCCACAGAUGGUAUGACCAUCUACUACACCCAGAAGGACUUCAACUCGAAUGGAAAUAAGAAGAUCACAGCUUUCCCUCCAGGAUUCCGCAUGACGGUGGGUAGCCCCACAGUGAACACCAAAGCUGGCGUCGCCAAAGGUCUUGCAUAUACCUGCCUCCAAACAGUCUUGACCAGAGGAGCCGAGACUCCCGACUUCCCGACAAAGCCAUGCCCUGCUGGCAUAAUGGCAAUCCAUCACUUCCCAUCAUGCUGGGAUGGAAAGAAUGUUGACAGCCCUGACCACCAAUCUCAUAUGUUCAGCACAACCAAAGGCGGCUUCCAAGAGGCCGGUCCUUGCCCAGCCUCUCAUCCUGUUCGCAUGCCCCAGCUGGCAUAUGAAACGAUGUGGGAUACCACGAAGUUUAACGACAAGUCCUUGUGGCCAACUGACGGCUCUCAGCCAUUCGUUUGGAGUAUGGGUGACAGUACUGGAUACGCGACUCAUGGUGAUUACGUCUUCGGCUGGAAGGGCGACUCGCUCCAGAAAGCUAUGGACUCAUCUUGCAUGUUCCAAGCUUGUGGAAACGGCAAGCCACUCCUGAGUCAGAACGCGGCAGCAAUCAACAAGUGCAAGGUCAAGAAGACAGUUACUGAAGAUACUGAAGGAUGGCUCACAGCUCUUCCUGGUAAAGCCAUGUAA